CGGGUAAUGACAUGCUUUCAACCCGCGGCUGGACGAGGUGCCGUGCGACGCAGAUUUACAGUUUCAGUGCUGUUGAGGCGUACCGUACCAGAAGACGGCUUGGGCCGUCUGAAUCAAGAUCUAAACUUGCGUCGGAUCUGAUCUGGUCCGGUCGGGGGAUGUCCGACCCCUCUUUUGGCUUCUCCUCAUCAUACUAUUCUUCUGGGGUGAUGCUGUGGAGAUGGGUGUAUAUAUUGGGUGGAUUGCCCGGAUUAUCUGCCACUCUACUAGUCAUACUAUGAGAUGACAGAAUCAAAACAAGGAAACUAGAGAGAGAAGAUAGAAAAUGCCUAAAUUCAACCUCUUUGGCACUGGCACAUCCCUUCAAGCAGCGAUAUGGGCUGCUUGUGGGAUGGCGUUUAUUUUAUUUGGCUACGACCAAGGCGUCUUCUCCGGCAUUAUCGAAAACACCUCCUUCCUCGCCACCAUGUCCCAUCCCAACGACAGUCUAACCGGCAUUAUCGUCUCGAUCUACAACCUCGGAUGUUUCUUCGGCUGUGUGGUGAAUUUCCUGCUUGGGGAUUGGUUGGGAAGACGCAGGGCGAUGUGGCUGGCUAUGGUUUGGGUUAUUAUCGGCGCAACGCUCCAAUGCAGCGCAUACACCGUCCCGCAUCUCAUGAUCGGUCGGUUCGUGACGGGCAUCGGAACCGGCAUUGAGACGUCUACGGUGCCGAUGUAUCAGGCGGAACUCUGUGAGGCGAGGAAGAGGGGUCGGAUGGUAUGUAGUGAGCCGUUGUUGGUGGGGGUGGGGAUUGUUAUUAGUUAUUUCUUCGAUUAUGGUAUGAGUUAUGUAGGUGGGGAAAUCGCGUGGAGAUUGCCGAUUGCGUGUCAGAUUAUUUUUGCAAUUGUGGUGAUUAUCCUGGUCUUUGGACUGCCCGAGUCCCCGAGGUACUGUUACCAGGAAGGCAGGAAUGAAGAGGCGCUGCAGAUCCUGAGUGAUGUAUAUGGGCGGCCUAAGGACGAUCCGGUGAUUUUGGCCGAGCAGGAAGAGAUUCUCGAGGCUAUUUCCGUGGAGACUAAACAUGGGGGGUAUAAGUGGAGAAAUAUUUUCAAAAAAGAUGAAGUCUCGACAGGUCAUCGAGUGCUUCUCGCAUAUGGCAUGCAAUUCAUGAACCAAGUUGGCGGGAUCAACCUAGUCGUAUACUACAUCCCUACCGUUCUCAACACCAACGUCGGCCUGAGCAAGAAUCUCUCCAAUCUUCUCGGGGGCUGUGUCCAAAUCAUGUUCGUCGUCGGAAGCAUCUUCCCCACCUUCUUCGUGGAUCGAGUCGGGCGCCGAGCACCCAUGAUGUGGGGUUCAUUCGGCUUGGGCAUCUGCAUGAUGAUGGUCUCCAUCCUGCUCAGCUUCAAAGGCCAGGCCAACGAACAUCCGACAUCGUCCGCCGCUGUCGCCUUCUUCUUCGUGUAUAUGCUCAUCUUCGGCGCCUCGGUCAAUUGCAUCCCCUGGUGCUAUGUGCCAGAGAUCCUCCCCCUUCAUGCGCGCGCCAAGGGAACGGCCGUGGGGAUCUCCUCCAACUGGAUCUGGAACUUCUUCGUUGUGAUGAUCACCCCCGUCAUCAUCAAUCGCCUCCAAUGGAAAGCCUACCUCAUCUUCAUGUGCACCAAUUUUGCCUUUGUCCCGCUGGUAUACUUUUGCUAUCCCGAAACCGCCCGGUUGACCCUCGAGGAGAUCGACUACCUGUUCACCAAUCCGGGCAAGAGCGCGGUGCAAACCUCCAAGGAGCUGGCGAAGGCGCGAAAGAAUGGAUUGGGGUCUGGGCAGCGACUAAUCGGGCAUGGAGCCAGGGAGAAGCUGGACAGUGAGGUCGCUGAUGGUACCGAAGAGCAAGUCGAGCAGGUGUAGAGAAAUCGCGCGGGGAUUGUAUUCAAUGUACCGAAUGUAUGGCGUCUGCAGAGCGAAUACUGUAGGAUGGGUCGGUCAGUGGUGAGGCAAUUCUGAACUUGACGCGGUCGCAAGUGCUCCAGGUAGAAGCAUUCAACCGAGUCAGCGGUGUAUAGGAGUCCGUAAACCUGUUGAAGUUCAGUCACCGAGAGUCGCUCAAGGAUCGGUCGG